AUCUCAUCAUUCAAUUUCAUGGGUUGGUUUAGUUAGCAGGAAGCAGGAUGACCAAAUCUAACAGCUUCUUCCACAAAUUGGUCAAACCAUUCAAGUUCAAUCCAACAAAAGAAAUUCAACAAGUAGAACUAGAAAAGAUUGCUGCCCAAGAACAGAAGAUCUUCAGCUUUCAAACCCUAGUUUCUGCAACCAAAAAUUUCCAUCCAGAUAACAAGCUUGGUCAAGGGGGUUAUGGCCCUGUUUUCAAGGGGAAGUUGGAGGAUGGGAGGGAGAUUGCUGUGAAGAAGUUGUCACAAUCGUCAAGCCAAGGGAAAAAGGAGUUCAUAAACGAGGCCAAACUAUUGGCACGGGUGCAACACCGAAACGUUGUGAGCCUGUUGGGGUUUUGUGGGAACCCGGAGAAGCUCUUGGUAUACGAAUAUGUUGUGCACGAGAGCUUAGACAAGCAUCUUUUCAAAUCAGCAAAUCGGGAGGUGCUAGAUUGGAAGCGAAGAUACGACAUAAUUGUUGGUGUCGCACGUGGCUUGCUUUACCUUCACGAAGACUCCCAUGAUCGUAUCAUCCAUAGAGAUAUCAAAGCCAGCAAUAUCCUAUUAGACAACAAAUGGAUACCCAAAAUUGCGGAUUUUGGCAUGGCUAGACUCUACCCUGAAGAACAAAGUCACGUUAACACCCGUGUAGCUGGUACCAAUGGGUAUAUGGCACCAGAGUAUGUUAUGCAUGGUAAUCUAUCGGUGAAGGUGGAUGUCUAUAGCUUCGGCGUGGUGGUUCUCGAGCUCGUUAGUGGUGAAAAGAACUCGGCUUUCAACCUCGAUCCUGAGUGCCAAAAUCUACUAGAUUGGGCAUACAAGCAGUACAAGAAAGGCAAAAGCCUUGAAAUUCUUGAGUCAUCGCUGGCUUCUUCGGCUGACCUGGAUCAGGUGUCGGCGUGCAUACAGAUCGGGUUGUUAUGCACCCAAUCGGACCCCCAACAACGGCCCACCAUGCGGCGGGUGGUCGUGAUGCUAACUAGGAAAACGGGUGCACUAGAUGAGCCAAGCCGGCCUGGUUACCCGGGCACAAGGUACAGAAGGUCACGUAGACUGGCUACAUCAUCCUCUAUGGCAGGGACAUCGGGUGCAUCAAGUUCCGAGUCAUCCACCAUCGCCACCAGUUCCACCACCAUGGGCACAAGUAGCACAUCUGCUUUUGUGGUGUCGAAUUCUCGUUCUUCACUGACCACCACCACGGCCGCCACAGGUACUGCUGCUCUUGGCGACUCGAGUUCGGUUCCCGAUUGGAAGCUUGAACGGCCCUUUUUUGUGGGUUCAACAUCAGAUCCUCAUGGUAAACGACCAAUGGAGAUUCAAGAUUGAUUUGAUAAGCUUGUGGUUGGGGAGUGGUGCCUUUUCUUUUUCCACAAAAAUGAAGCUGUAUAGCUUAGUUAGGAGGUAGGAUUGAGGUAAAUAGCAAUUAGCAAGGACUACAAUCUUUUAAUAUCUUAAAAUAUUUUUAUAUUAUAUAUGUAUAGAUGAACGAUCAUGUGAGAAUAGGA